AGUCAAAUAAUUGGCUCCGCAUUGUCGAAACCGUUGGGAGGGAAACGGAAACUCUCACUUCCGAAAGCAACGACAAUGGAAUAAGCAACUCAGCUUCAUCUUCGUAGUGAGUUGCGUUAGAAAAGAGUGAGAAAGAGAAAUAGAGAGAAAAGGGGGAGGGUUUAACGUAUUUUGUUGACAAUGAUCAAAUGGACGAAGCAGUUGAAUGCUGCAUUUGGGGCUUCGUUUAUUUGGUUGAUUUGCUUGAUUUACUUCACCCAGGGUUUUAGGUCUUUUGUAUGGACAGCUAUUUCCUACCAGCUCAAGGAUAAUCUCAAGUUGUCACCAUCAGCUUCUCAAUUUGUGUUUUCAGUAGCAUUUUUCCCAUGGAGCAUUAAACCAUUAUAUGGAAUUCUAUCGGAUUGUUUCCCCAUUAAAGGAAGGAAACGAAUUCCCUAUUUAGUGCUUGCAACUGUGCUGUCCCUUGUGCCAUGGUUAAUUUUAGGCCUAAGCUCAACCUUGAGGGGUUCAACAUGGCACCUGACAAUAUUCUUGACUAUGCAAAACUUGGGCUCGGCCAUGGCAGAUGUUGUAAUCGAUGCAAUGAUUGCCGAGGCAGUACGAUAUGACCGGGCUUCAUUUGCUGGUGACCUCCAGUCAAUAUCAUGGUCAUCGAUGGCUUUGGGAGGAAUAUGUGGUAGUUUGUUAGGAGGAUAUGCAUUAUCCAAUUUACAAAUAGAUGUUAUUUUCCUUUUAUUUUCUGUUCUACCAUGUAUACAGCUGUUGUCAUGCUAUUUUGUGGAUGAGAACACUGCGAACGUUAAAUUUUUAUCAGAAGAUUCUAUAAGACAUCCCCUUACAAAUGGUAGCGCCCUUGAUGAAGAUGAAGAUAUUCCUUUCAACAAAAACAAAAAGUCCCACAGCACUACGACAAGAAGAAAGAAGGGGAAAACAAAGGGGAAAACUAGAUCAAUAAAUACUAGGAAAUCAGCUAGUUUUGAAAAAAGAGAUUCCUUGUCUUUCAAGUGGUUCCAUUCUUUGAAGAAUGCAAUUUAUGACCUGUGUCGUGCAUUUAGACAGCCCAUGAUCUUGAGACCUAUGUCAUGGUUUUUACUUGCCCAUGUUGCCGUUCCCAAUCUUUCGACAGUCAUCUUCUACUACCAAACUGAAGUUCUGAAGCUUGAAGCAUCCUUCCUAGGGACUGCACGAGUUGUUGGAUGGUUAGGACUUAUGCUGGGAACCUUUGUUUAUAAUCGCCAUCUGAAGUAUAUGACUCUACGAAAGAUUCUCAUGUGUGCCCAUAUUGGUUUGGCAAUCUCGAAUCUUUUAGAGAUUGUCAUCGUGUCUAGGAAAAAUAUAGCCUUUGGAGUAUCAGAUAGGAUUGUGGUGCUCUUUGGCUCUGCUCUUGCUGACGGAAUCAAUCAAUUCAAGUUCAUGCCGUUCCUGAUCUUAUCUGGCCAACUAUGUCCUCCAGGAAUUGAAGGAACUUUAUUUGCCCUUUUCAUGUCAAUAAACAAUUUGGGAGCAACACUGGGGUCUUUUGUGGGUGCUGGGUUGGCUUCUAUAUUGAAUAUUGAUUCAGGAUCAUUUGACAAUCUUCUAUUGGGCAUCAUAAUUCAUACCUUGUGCAAUUUCAUUCCAGUUGCUUUUCUGUUUCUGAUACCCAAAGAAGCUACAGGUUUAUCAGCAUAGAUUGGAACAUAGAAUCCCUAAUUGGGUUUGGGUUAGUAUUUUUUGUCCCCCUUAAGGUCUAUGGCAGUGAAAUAGUGAUUAACCUGGUUUAGUGGUUUAUGCAAAUUUCUAUGAGAACAACACUGAUUAUACUUAUUUUAUAGAUACUUUGUUUUGGUCA